ACAGGGUACAAUGCAGGGGGGCAGACAAGUGGGGAGACUUUACUGAUAGCAAAUAUUUAUUCCCUUAUUGAUACAGAGGAAAAGAAACCUUUAUUCAACUCAAAAUUCUUAUAACACAAUCAAAAAGCAUUCGCUGCUCCUUGAGAAAACAUUCAGGAACUGCAAAGCCCUGGAGACAUAUUAGUUUUAAAAAAUAAAAUAAAGAUCAUGUGAUCACUGAGUCAUUUCCAGGAAGGGAAACUCCCAGUGGCUGAAAACGGAGAAAGUGAAACUUAACUGGAUCUUUGGUGCGAGGGAGCCAUGGCUGCUGCAGGGGGUCACAUCCAGCGUCUCCGUGAUGAAGCCACUUGCUCCAUCUGCCUGGAUUACUUCAAGGAUCCAGUGACCAUCCCAGAGUGUGGGCACAACUUCUGCCGAUCCUGCCUGAUCCAGUGCUGGGGGGAAUCGGAGGCAGAGGCUUCCUGCCCUCAGUGCAGAGAAAGAGUCCAGAGAAGGAGCCUCGUCUCCAACCGGCAACUGGCUAAUAUGGUAGAAAUAGCCCAGAAUCUCAGCCUUCAAGAGGGAAAGGAGGAAGGAGGGAAAGGAGGAGUCUGCGAGGAUCACCAGGAGCCCCUGAAGCUCUUUUGCAAGGAGGAUGAAGCCCCCAUCUGCCUGGUGUGUGACAGAUCCAAGGAGCACAAACACCACGAGGUGAUUCCUCUGAAGGAGGCUUUCCAGGAGUACAAGGGAGAGAUCUGUCGCCACCUGGAGAUUCUGAGGAAAGAGAGAGAGGAAAUUCUGGCCUAUCAAGCAGCCCUGGAGAAGGAAAGCAAAGACCUCCUUAAAUUAACAGAAACGGAGAGGCUGAAGGCCGUGGAGAAGUUCAGAGAACUGCGCCAGUUCCUGGAAGAACAAGAAAAACGUCUGUUGACACACAUGGAAGAGGUGGAGAAGGAGAUUGCAGGGAGAAGGGAUGAGCAGCUGGCCAGACUCUCCAGGAAACUCUCCUCUCUUGAGAGGAUCAUCCAGGAGAUGGAGGAGAAGAGUCAGCAGCCAGCGAGUGAACUCCUGCAGGAUGUGAGAAGGACCCUGCAGAGGUAUGAGAAAAGAGAGAGUCCAGAGAAGCCACUGGCUUUCCCUCCAGAGCUGAGGAACAGGAUCUUGGAAUCCUGUGAUCUAAAUCACCUUGUGGAGAAUACAAUGAAACAAUGGAAAGAUGCUGUGUUAUACAGAAAACAGCUUCAGAAAGAUGUUCAGUCAUUCAGAAAUCUUCAGAGAGCAAAUGUCACUCUGGAUCCAGACACAGCCCAUCCCGAACUCAUCCUGUCCAAGGAUGGGAAAAGUGUGAGAAAGGGAUACAAACCUCAAGCCCUGCCUGAUAAUCCUGAGAGAUUCAGUGACUGGCUUUAUGUGUUGGGACGUGAGGGAUUCACAGCAGGCAGACAUUUCUGGGAAGUCACUGUGGAAAGUGGGGAAGAGUGGGCUUUGGGGGUUGCCAGGAAGUCUGUGGAGAGAAAGGGCUGCUUCUCCAUAUUCCCCAAGGAGGGGAUCUGGGCUGUGGGGAAGAGGGGAGGGGAGUACUGGGCCUGCACCUCCCCUCAUUACUCUCCUCUGUCCCUGAGGGAGAAGCCCAGGAGGAUCCAGGUGACUCUGGACCAUGAAGUGGGACGUGUGUCUUUUUCUGACGCUGACUCAGGAGCCGAACUCUACACGUUCUCAGGAGCCUCGUUCUCUGGAGAGACCCUCCUCCCUUUCUUUUAUCUGGGGGGAUAUGAAGCCCACCUCAUUAUCUCCUGAGGGGACUAAAUCUGCCUCUCAGGCCCAGCAGGAGUUUCUCUCCAGACCAGAGUGACUGACAUAAAAACCAUUUACCCGCCAAGAGCAGGUUGGGCAGUUUUCCAAGGGCCCUUUGAGAGGAUUCAUUCCAGUCAAAAUCAGCAGAAAUAACAAAACAAAAAUGAGUUGUUCUUGCUUUGCGUUUUCCUUCCUUUUCCCAGAAUUCCCUCUGGAGCUCACUUCUUAAAGAGACAGUCACACUUUUAGGAGUCCUAAUAAAUUUUCUCACCUUCAAUCUUGUUUUCUAUUUGAGGUGUCUGAUUUGGCAGAGGACGAUACUCUUAAUCCCAGGGUUGUGGGUCUGAGCCCCACGUUGGGCAAAUGUUUCCUGCACUGCAGGGGGUGGGACUAGAUUACCCUCAGGAUCCCUCGCAACUCCGUAAUUCUAGGAAACCUUCCUCUCCCCACAAUACCUUAUGCAGCUGUGAAAAUGCAUGCAUCGUUGAAUUAAUAGAGAACUGAAAAAUAAGCCCCUUUACCCACGUCAGGCAGGAUAGCAUGGAGACCUAAGACAGGAAGAAGAAGAAAAAUAAAUUGAACAGGGCAUCAUCUUCAAAUGCCCUCUGCAAAUACAGCCUCGCCAUCUCCACACGUUGUCAGAAGUAAACCUUCUUGCAUUGAGUGGGGCUUCUGCUCAGUUAAAUGUGUUUUGAGUGGAUGCAUUAACGUUCCUUAUUCACAGGCUGGAUUCUGUCUAUCGGGGGCAUCAAAUGGGGUGUCCUCUGGAUAAUGCUGGACUCCAGCUCCUCUCCUCAUGCUUGUCCAGCAUGGCCAGGGGUCAGAGAGGGUGGGAGUUGCAGUCUGGCAGCUUCCAGAAGGGGCCCCAUGGGCUGUGCUGCCCCAUACAUUACGCAGGGCACCUUCCCUGUGUUCCUGAGCCCCACCCCUAAUACACAGUGCUCCCCCAAGGAGCGUCAUUUCGGCACCAGGUGCAUCUGAUUUCUCUCCUUGGAUACUAACAGCUGGAACAACACAUGCCUGUGGAAUUGACCACUCAAAGAUCAGGCAGGACUCACUCUGGCUCCACUAUUAGGGACACUGACUACUGACCGCUGCAGCCUGCUCUCCUUUCCCUGCGUUUUCCACAGGGUGGUGGCACAUCAUGGAAUAAAGACACCUCCCCCCCACCAUUGACAUUUGUUGCAGCAGAUGCGCAGGUUUCCGUUUUUGUUUUAAAAUAAAUUAACUGUAAUGUAUACUGA